GAUGUGAACACAUUCAGGUUUCUCUGUUGUUUUCUUUGCGACAUUGUGGCGGCCUUAGUUCCAUGGGUGUGACCACCCCUGAUCUCCAACGACAUGGUCGGGUGUUGGCAGAGGCAUUGACGUACUUCAAAGGCCGAGCUGCCAAGAAUGGCAUCACUUGGAUCUUGCGACUCACAGCCGCAGCUGUGGUGGACACCUUGGACUCUGAAGCCUUCGGCUCCUUCGGCUCCUUGGGCUUGGGCUCGGGAGCCUCUCGGGCAGAACUGGCAAGUGAUGAUGCUCUGAAGUUGGCAGAGGAGAUGCUAUCAAACUGCGAAGCGACCCAGGCCCAGGCCCAGCAGGUGCAGCAGAUCUGUUGGAAGACUUUCAUUUCCAUUUUGAAUUUGAUGCGAGACAACAGCCACAGAGCCUUAAGACUCACUCAGGAGGCAGUGAGCUCAGCCAGAACUUUACCCUUCUCCGAGCGGCAGAACUUGUUGGUGCUGGUGCUUCGGACCCAGCAGAUGGUACAUUUGCUGCGUGGGGAAAACGCUGCCGAAAUCACGAAGGAAGUGGAGGCGGAAUCUACUUGGGACUCCCAGCAGGGACCUUUUCUGGAUUUUCUGCGACUCCUCCUUCAGCAAGUUCAGCAAAGUGACCACCCAGAUCUAGCUGGGCGCCUGUGUUUCAUCGAUUUUUUGGCUUUCAAGCUUCGGGGUUGCUUGCAUGAGGCGAAAGCAGUGGCGAAUGAUGUGCUAGAAGUGGGGGAUGGAUUCACCUAUGGUUUGGCCAUCUUAUUCCUUGGAAAGCUACAGCUCCGAUCCUCUGAGGGCCUUCAGUGCUUGAAAGACGCUUGUGUCAGCUUUGCUAGUGCUAGUGCCUGCAAAGAAGCCGAGGCCGCGGCAUUGCAAGCAACUGCUACGGCCUGGUUGGUACAGGAACUACCCAACCCCAGUGCUGCUAUCGAUGCUGCUCAGAGAAGUCAAGUCCUUUUCCAGGAGUUAGGUGAUUUGCGAGGAGAGGCCAUAGCUCUGCAAACUGCCAGCAACUGCCGUUUCAUCCUAAAGGAUACGGAUGGGGCGGUGGAUGCAGCCUACAGGGCUUUACGUUUGUUUACUGAAUGUGGGGAUGAGCACGGCCGGAAUAUGGUGGUGAAAUUGCUGCAGAGUUUGGGGCAAACCCAGCAGCAGUUGCAAGAAGCCAUGAGCAAAUCUCCAACCACAGUCAGUGUCGACACUAGUCACACUAGUCCGGAAAAAGAGCCAGAGAAAAGUGAGGAGCAGAGGCAAAGAGAGGAACAUCUCAAGAACAUCAUGGAGGAACAGGUGGUCUUUGAAUAUGCUUGGGUUCCUUCAGAAACCCAAGACCCCAAGAAUUUUGGUGAAAAACGAAGCUCCAGUGGAUCCAGAAAGAUCUUUGUAGCCAGUGAGCUUCGGGAUCAAAAGUUAUUGAAUCAGUUGGCUGCUUGCCGUGCCAAACGUGGAUCAAGUGGAUCCAAGAAACCUUACUUUGUGAAUUUGAUGAAUGGUCGGUUGUUGACCUCAAGCUCGUUGCAAACGGCCAUGGAAGCCUCAUCUUGCGCAUCGGUGGUCUAUGAUGUCACCAAGCUGAACCACAUGACUCCCUUGGAGGUGGUAGAUGUGGCAAUCCGUUUGACUCAAGCACUGCAGGUCAUUGAAGAAACCUAUGCCCUGGAUGUGAUAUUGGCAUCCACUCAGAACAUUGCCUCUGCUACAGGUAUUCGGACGCCUUUUCACUCCACCCUUUGGGGCUUCUGCCGCACGGCCAACAUCGAGAACCCCACGAAAGAGUUCCGCGUGCUGGAUGUGGACGCUGGAAGAUGGAAGGAAGAUCUUGCCUUCAUCACCAGGUACCUGAUGGGUGCCCAAAGUACUCGGCCCACUGAAGCCAUUGUGAGAAAUGGCGCGUUACAGGUCUCCAGAUUAGUCAGUGCCAGGAUGAAGCUGCAACCGCCUCUGAAGAUUGACGGCUAAACAUGGAUGCUGAACCGCUGCCGAGACCUUUUCUCUGGCCGCCAUGGCCAGGGCACUGGAAGGUCUGGGAAGUGAGCUCUGAUCGUUUGGGCCGAAAAAGUCGGCGGCUAUGCCACGAUACAAACAGCGUCAAACAGCUAUGCAAUGCCAUGCGCACACACACAUAAUAUGUAUAUAUAUAUAAAAUCACAUCAAGUGCC